AUGGGUAGAGGUAAAAAUGCGAUAAGAGCUGGCAAAAACCUCCCCAUUCCUCACAACACCACCACCACCGCCGUCGCCACCACCACCACCACUACCUUCUCACAAACGCGAAACGUCCUUCUUAUCCUCCUCAUCCUAACCCUCCACUCGCCACCCUCAACAUCUCUCCACGUGGACGGUAAUGACGCCAGCCACCUGAUCUACCCGCCCUGGACCACCCACUGCAAUGCAAACAGCUCCGUUCGCAUCGACCUCAAGACCACCUCAACCUUCCCCACCAACUCCACCAUCCUUCUUUUCUACAAGGACGACAUCGCCAACGGCCGAAUCGACUACGUAGAGAUCUACUACAACAGCACCGGCUACUUGGUGGCCAACGUCAGAGACGACAAACGCAGACGGGCCACACACGGUCCAGUGCUGCUGAACGAUGGAAAGUGGCACAGUGUUGGCUUAAAGGUAGACAACUCAAGAAUCAACCUCAUCUUUGAUGGGGCCAUGACUCAGUUGUUUGAAUUUUCACCAUUUCAUGCCUCUAAAGUAAAAGAAUCUAGAACCGUUAUUAAAGAUUUCAACGGAAUCUACAAGCAAUGCUUAAUUGAUGACGAUAGUGGCUAUGAUCAGGACAACAAUGUCUUUUAUAGCGGCCCUUAUCACCAUUAUCGGUAUAAUAAUCGAGAUCGGUAUUUGAAUUAUUACGGUUACUCGUACAUCGCCGGUCUGCCUCCGCUGCUGAGAAGAUGUCCGCAACUUUUGUCGACACCGUCCGCCUUGGAACAUCUCUCUUUCAGAGGCUACCUGAGAAAUGUUAUAUUUCAAAACUGUACAUGUUCUAUGACGAUUACGCAUUAUGACGUCACCUUCGACAACAACAACGCUGACGUCAUUCGAUACGUCACCGCCGAUAAGACUGGCCAGGACAAUUACGGUAGAAGUACUCUGAGAAGAACUCUCUACAAUACAACGGAAAUGCAGGCGACAUUGAUUGUCAUUGAGCUGGAGAAGAAGCUGAAAGAAAAAAAAUUCCCUCAAAAUCAAAUUUCAAAAAGUGCCCAAAGCGAUAACAACUACCACACCUCCAGCAAAAUGAAGGAUAGGAUUAACAAAUUCUUCUCAAAAGACGCCAUUAAAAAUGAAGCACUCCUAUUGGUUGAGAAUGAAAAUUACGUCAUCAUUCAAGGUCUAGAUCUGCCCAAUGAAUGCUUCGGAAAUUUGGCUCUCUGUGGAAAAGGCUACACCCUAUCAUUCUGGUUGAACAUCGUCAAAGAUUGUGGUGGUGGCAGCCGCUGCGAGGGCGAUAGCAGCCAGCAACAAAAUCGAACGUUGAGCGACAUGGAGAUAAUCACAUCAUCCUUGUUAAAUAAUUAUAAUGAUAAUAAUGAAAAUAGUAACAAUAAUAACUCUUAUUUUAAUAAUUAUUAUAACAAUAAUUAUAAGGUAGACAACGAUGACAGCUUCUAUUCCAUUCAAGACGACGAACAAACGCCCGCCAUCGACCCAUCGGCUGAAAACCAUCAAAAAUUUAAAAUCAUCUGGAAACCGAAAAAGGAAGUCCUAACAAUCACAAUGACGUCAUCGCACAAUAUAAACAAAUCGAUAACCCUAGAGUCUGGCACGUUCAUACGUCAUUUAUGGCAACACGUGACAUUGACGUGGAAUCCGUCUGGCGUUUUGAGAUUGUAUAUAGACGGGCAGGUAGAUAAAGAGCUAAAAAUAGAACCUCCACAAAGGGUAAAAAAACAACGAGCUAGCCAAUCAGCAGAUGCAGACAUCUGGGACGCCUUUGUGAUUGGACGACGUAUAAAAUCACGUGAUUCACGCAGUGAUAAUGAAGAUUUUAGCGGAAGAGAAUUUUUAAUUGACGAAUUAAAAUACUGGUCAGUUGAGGUUGAAGAGGGUGAGAUCGCCGAAAAAGGCCCUGCCUUUUGCAGUCUGGUUACAAAAAAAUCGCAACCGCCACCGGCAGCAUCAUCGUCGUUGUCCCCAUCAACAUUCAACUUGAAAGAUUUAAGCCAUCUCGAAAGCGCGUCGUCAUUCAAGAUUAUUUUUAUAUCUGACAUCAUUGAGGUAUCAGUUACGUCAUUGGGUCACGUGUUAGCAGGUCUGAAAUUUGAUUCGUCAAACGUGGAGGUACUUUCUCGUGAUUCGCUGAAAUCCGAUCAAUGGCAUUUCAUUGAGACGGUUCAGCUCUUCAUAGAUGAAAAACUGCAAGAAACAUCUAAUGAAAUUAAACACCUAUCAAGCAAAAACAUCAACCGCAAUAAUUUCGGAACCAUAAAAAUCCAGGACCAACCCAAAUUUGCACCUCCCUCUGACGGAGGUGGGAGAGUUCCAACCCGGAAUAAUUACGGAACGUUCAAUGGCGAUCGUUGGAGAGGUCUGGGCGGAAAAACAUUUGUGAAAAGCAUGCGUGUCUGUUAUGGACACCGCGAGGUUUUGAAGAAAAUCGGAGAGGUAGUGGCCAGCGGAAAGCCCCAGAAACUCAUUUUAGACAUGGACGCCAUUGACUCGCACAAUUCUCUAGCAACAAACAACGAUAAUUUUGUUGCAACGGUCACUAAAGAAACCGCCAUAGUCCCGGGGAAAGUGGACAAUGCCCUGAGAUUGAAUGUAGGUCAGGUGGUGGAUGUGCUCCCGACGAUAAAUGGGUCAGGUGAGAUGUGCCUCAUUAAUUUACAAGCCUGCAAAUUGGGUAUGUACAUUUCUAUGUGGCUCAAAUUCAAAGAGACAUCGAGUUUAUCUCGAUAUUUGAUACGAAAUAAUGAUAUCGAAAUAUAUUAUAAGAAUGAUACGGAUUCUAAAAAUGUUGAAUAUUUAACUGGGCGUUCGAGAAAGAGUCUGAUGGAGGUCCAGUCGAAAUUUCAAAACAACAGCAGAAGAAGCAAGCGAGAUGUUGUCUCCAAGAUGAAUAAGUUGUACUCGGAGUUCAAAUUUAAAAACAAAAAAUGGUCAGCUAACGUUAAUAGUCUUCCAUUAGACACCUGGAUAUUUUUAGAGAUAUCCUGGAAUCCAAAAUCAGCUUUAGAAGUUCACAUUGACAAAAUUUUAAUUAACAAAACUUAUCCAAUUAUAUCCCAAAAAAAAGAUAGUGAAACUUUAGAACCAGAAUCAAAAUCUUUGUGUUUUGGUUGCAAUAAAACCUCCCAGCAACACUCUACAACAGGUUCCUAUGGUUACAGUUAUAAGUCUGAAGAUACAAAAUUGUUCUUAGAUGAAGUAGAAUUGUGGUUUCAAGACAAACAGUCACUGCAAGAUUUUGAUAGAAUAACUAGAGAUAGUGACGUCUACCACAUUGUAGUUCAGUUUACAGAACCAUCAAAUACUCCCACCACAUCUUCAACCUUCUUCUCGCCUCCAUCUUCAUCGCCAUCAGAAACUUCUUCAACUUUCUACCAAAUCACCGACAAUAAAAUUUACUUGCACCCUAAACUACACGGUGACGCUAAGUUAUGGAAAGGGAUAAUGAUACCAAGCUCCGGAUAUGGCAAUUUGGGCUCUCACAACGAUCUGUGCUUCGGGAACAUAAAGCACUGUCGGCAUGGCUUCACUAUAUCAGUCUUUUUCAAACAGAUUAAAUAUCCGCAAGAAGAUGUUUUCAUAAUUUCGGCACCAAAUUAUUUUGUGAAACUGUCAAAAUCUCCGAUGAACAUAGUCGUUGGAGUGAAGUGUGCGGAAAAGAUUUGGUAUGCAGCUACCUCGAAAGAUGGAAUUUUGGUUAAUGAGUCCAACAGAGUGGAUGUCAGUUGGAGUGAAGAUAGAGGCCUUCUUGUCUUUGUUAACAAAAUUUUGAAAGCUAAAGAGUUUGGAGGGAAAAACAAGGACAUAUAUAUAGGCAAUGCCACACCUUUAAGACGUGGCUCAUACCACCUGGGAGAUCCUUACUUGCUAAUCGAUCAACUUGAUUUCUGGUUCGCGAGUCGAAAUCUCAUCAUAGGUUUUCAUUUCAUGGACGAUGACAUCUCUGGAUUCAAACUGGAUAUGGAGAAGAUAGAGAAAGACAUGAUCUUCCACCAAUCACACACCGCUUCCGUGCAUAAUUCUCCCAAAGUGGUUGCUGGCUAUCAAGGGAAUGGUCUGCUACUCAACGGCCUCAACCAAUACCUUGACCUCGGGCGUGACGUCAUCUGUAAGUCUGACCUCGAUAACUGCAUCAGGGGUAUUACGGUGAAGUUCAAGGUCAAGCCGUUUCUAUUAUUAGAUUUGACAUAUUUUGUGGCUUCACCAUUGGUGGAGGUUUAUUACGAAAGAGGAAAUUUGAUAUGCCUGGUUAGGAACAAAACAAAGCAGUGGACGGUCAUGAGUCCGAAAUUCAAGCUGGGAUCAUGGAAUAAUAUUGAAAUAACAUGGCAUCCAUUAAAAGGUGCUUCCUUGUACAUAAACAACACAAAAGUUGGCCAGAAUUCGAACCCGACAACGAACGAAUUCGACUACCAGCGUUCGAGACGCUAUCUCAUUGGCCACGCGGACACCAGCAUGAAGUAUGAGUACUAUGCUAACGCUAUUUUUGACGACGUGGAAUUCUGGGAAGGAGAUAAAGAGAGUCUAGAGAAAGUCGGCGAUUUCAGUAAGGAAAGAUCUAGUGGCGGAGAUGAUGCCGAAGAUGAUGAAGAUAUUUCAAGAUUAACCGACAAUAAAAACCAAAAGAAGCAACAGCCAACCACAUCAAGAAGUGGAAAAAAUUUGGAUAAAAAACAACAAAACAAAAGCCUGCAGCAUUUCACAUCCUUUCCUUCCGGUCACUCUCAUCUCCACCAAGUUCCUUCUCAAAAUCCCAGAUAUCUAGGCUCUCAUCAGCAAGUUUACAGACCCUUCCAUAGACGCAUGCUAACUUUUGAUGGCCACUCUUACAUCCAGUACGAUCUAAACUACGAAAAUUUACUUAAAAUUUACAACAUUCAAAAUAAUGAUGACAAGGCUGUUGUUGAUCGUAACCGGGGAAAUUAUAACAAUGAAGAUAAUUAUGAAGAAGUGGCAAUCAAACUGAAGGCUACAGAUCAAAACGGAUUGAUAUAUUUUAGCGGAUCUGCAAAAAAUCACGUAUACUUGUGUGUCAAGGGUGGAAAAUUGUUGCUAGUUGUAAACUACGGCGAAUUAGUGCCUGAGAAGUUCAAAGGUCACGAUGAUCACCAUGUAAAGUACGAUACCCAGGCGUGGCAUGAGGUCACGGUCACGAGAGUUGAUCGAUCUAUAAAAAUCAACGUCGAUGGCUUAAUUCACGCGGUGAUGCUUAAAAACAACACAAAGUUAUUGAAGCAUGGCGAACUGUACAUCGGUGGUCACUACAAAUUAGAAGACAUAAUGAACAGGCAACUGAGGAACAAUUUCAGAGGUUCCAUAGACUCGCUGACCUACAGAAACUCCAUUUUCAUGAGAAAAAUUGAUUUCAUCGAAGCCGUUUUCAUCAAACCAUCGUUAGAUUUCCUCCGUGUACGUGGAAACGCUGUCAUGGGCAUGUCCCCAAGUAGGGAGGCGGCAAACGUCAACGCGAUAACCUUAUUUGGUAAUGAGUUUUUAAGACUACCGAAAUGGGAAACUAAAUUUAUCGCAAGUGACCAUAUCGAGGUCGACAAAACUGUCAACAAUCACAAUAGAGAGUUCAAUAAAAAGCAAAAAAAUAUAAUUUUAGAACCGAGUGGUUCUAAAAAAGUAAGCAAUUUCCAAACAAUUCCCUUCAUAGAAUUAAAUUUCAAAACUUUCGUGCAAGAUUCACUGCUGUUGUACAGCGGAGGAAGUCCAGGGUAUUCUGAUUUUCUGGUUCUCGAGAUUUCUGAAGGAUACCUUUUUGCAAUUUACGACUCUGGAUUGUUUAGGGCCAGCAGAAUUAAAUUAGGACUGAACAAAGUUAGUGUUGAUAGUGACGAGUUCCGAAAGGAAAACCAAUCUAGCAUAUUUGUGAGUGAUGGGGCCGGGCAUUUUGUUAAAAUUGAACUGGUCGGGGCCAUGAUGAGACUAACGCUAGACAACUCGAGUCGCUCCUACACUUUACUGAAAAAGUUGAAUCCAUUUCACCAUCUGGGCACGUUCACCUACCUCGGAGGGGUGGACAACAUAAACAGACUCCCCUGGCACGUUUGGAAUAGAGAAGCUAUCGAUAAUAAGUUUCCUUUCUUUCACGGCUGCAUCUGGGGUGUCAGAUUGAGUGGUGGAAAGAAAACGCCCAAGUUCAACGUUACGACACCUCCGAUGAUUCAAAUGGCUCAUCAUUCGACGACGAAUGAUGAACAGAACGAAUACAGCAGCGGAAUCAGCAGUCAAUACGAUGCCAUUCAAGAUGAUGAAGAUUAUGAAAUGAAAAGGGACGACGAUACCCUUCAACACGAACAAAAUUUCAGCAAAAAUAAAAAAAGCAGUAACGAAAUUGAAAAUGUUUCUAAAAAUGCUAUUGUUACUAAUGUUAAUAAUAUUGGCAGCAGCCGAAGCAGUAGCGACACGGGCAGCAAAAGUGACAACUUGUACGACGAGGUAGGUGAUUUUGAACUACCGAUUGACUUAUACAGACUAGCAAUUAAUCAGGGACUGACUAAAGCUCUGAAUGGUUGUGAAAUAGUGCCAAGCAGGUGCGUGCAUAACAAGUGCAAUGCCGGGAAAUGUCUCGACAGGACCGAAGAUUUUGAAUGUGAUUGUUCAAAAACUUCUUAUUCGGGGAGUCGAUGUGAAAAAGAGGCUGUAAAGAUUGCACUGGCUGGCGAAAACUUUGUGUACUUUCGUUCUUCGACGACGAACUCGAGACACCUCAGCAAGAUAUCCUUGCGAUUCAAGACAACAGAAAAAGAUGGGAUGAUCUUCAAAACGAAAGCCGAUCGGUCGGAUAACUUCAUCGAAACGAUUUUAAAAGACGGAAAGCUGUACGUUGAAGCAAAAUUCGGUGAACACAUGAGACUCUUCAGACAUUCAUACCGAUGUCUUGAGCGCUCAACGAAUACGACCGCGAAAACAGAACAAACGAAAUUAAAUGACAACAACUGGCAUGACGUCACUCUCGUGAAAAAAGCUGAUUGGUUGUUCGUUCAAAUUGACAGGUGUCUUCCAGAUGAAGCUCAGCUUCAAGGAGAAGGUUAUAGUUUAGAAGUUGAUGAAAUCAUAAUCGGUGGCUAUAAGAUACCAGAAACACCAGCCGAUGCAACACCACCUGUAACGCCACCAAAACCACAUUCUCACCAAAAAGUACACGCAACUGCUCAGCAUCAUCACGCGGCAAAUCAGCGUACCGCCAAACGCCGACUCGAUUUUAGAUCUCACAACACAUUUGGUUAUUUCAUUGGGUAUAUCGGUAGUUUUGUAUUUGACGGUCAAUUCUUAUUCGAUUCCUUCGGCGUUGACUCACGGAUCGAUAUUAACCGACAAACAUCGGCAUUCAAGUUAAUAGAGCACAACGUUAAAACAGUUCAUAGUGAAAAGAUUUUACCGAUUAAGCCGAUAACUCUUAUGAAUUAUGUCCUGAAAAUUCCAAGCAAUGUCAUAAAUGAAUCCAACGAUAUAUUCGCCAUCUCAUUUCUCUUUCGCUUCUCAGAUAAAUUUCCAACUACAAAACAGACGUUAUUAUUUUUCAGUGGCAACAGCAGCUACUUCAACGACGACAAUGACGAUGGUGAUAUGGAGAGCAUUUGGUUGAUGGUGAAGAUUGAAAAUGAUAAACUUGCAUUGAGUUCCUACGAUGGUAAUAAAUUAGAAGUAGGUGUUGUUGCUUAUUGGUCUUUUUUGUUUCUUAGAUUAAUCAACUUAUUUGGGGACAAAAUGAAAUUUUUAGCCGGCAUUGGUGAGGUGGUAUAA